UGCGGUCGGGGAAGAACACGGCAAUAUAUUUGAUGGCAAGGUCUCGGGGAUUGCUGCUGGUAUAUUGAGAAGGAAUGGUCAUAAAAUUACAUUAGUGAAAUAUCGCAACAAUCUGAGUAAAAACAUGAGCAUUUCGUACACUUUGUGCCUGUUGGCCAUCGGGUUUACAGGACUAAUAGAAGCGCAGACUGCUAAUGAAACCAAGGCCUUGAUUGCCAAGCUGUUAGACGGGUACAACAAAGAUGUGAGGCCAGUUGACAAUCAGACUAAUCCCGUGAAUGUGGAGUGUUCCUUUACUUUAUUUUCAAUCAUCGACUUCAACGAUCAAGAAGAGAGUAUUAAGCUGUCUGGUGAAUUGUUUCUAACUUGGAAUGACGUUUUCCUCAAAUGGAAUCCGGAUGAUAACGGAGGGAUAGAAACAAUUUUUCUGCCUCAAGAUAAAAUUUGGCGACCUGGUGCGGCGUUGGAGAAUGCAUUCAAAGAGUAUACAGCACUUGGAUCUACAGACCUAAAAGUUGAACUACAUUACGUUGGCCUGCUUUUUUGGUAUUCUAAUCAGGAAUGCAAGUUACAGUUUACAGUUUGGAGUUACUACGAAGAGUUCGUGAAUUUCACCAAGUUCGGUGAUGAGAUCUAUACAUGCGACUACAAGGAAAACUCAAUGUGGACUCUGAUUGGCACUUCCGUUGAACAAGAACCAUCGUAUAAUCCUAAAGUUAUCUUCAGAAUCAAAAUGAAGAGAAAGCCCAGCCACUUCGUCAUCAACAUAAUUAUUCCUCUUUUGCUUCUUUCGUUAUUGGCUGUUCUCACGUUCGUGCUGCCAGUAACGUCAGGAGAACGUGCCUCGUACGCCGUCACCAUUUUUCUGUCUACGGCAGUUUUUCUGACUAUUGUUUCCUCCGAACUACCGAGCAGUUCUGAUAAUGUUCCAAUACUUUUGAUAUACCUGACAACAAUGGGUUUUGAUACUACUGCUAUCGUUGUUGUAUCAUUGUUUCAACUGAGACUUCUCACAAGAGAUGAAAGCGACCAGCCUGUCAACGGAUGUUUCAAGAUCAUAUACAACAUUACCAUGGCAAUACGAUGCAAAAUAAGGGGACGAAAAAGAAAGCACAUUGAAAACAACGGAGUUGACUUAAAGGCCAAGAGCAUAUCAUGGAAAGAUGUUGUUAAUGCUCUUGAUUAUCUGUUCUUCUGGUUUUUUCUCCUCUGUACUGUGGCCGUCACUACAUACUAUUUUGUAAUCUGUACUACGAACCAACCAGAUGAAAAUAUCCCACACCAAAAAUGCACAUUUGAAUUCAGUUAAAUGGUUCAUGAUGUUUGAAUAUAGCAGUAUAAAUCUUUUCCAGCUGUACUUUGAUUACAUUGAUUAUAUAAGUGACUAGUCUAGUGUUUUCACAGUAAUCAUGUCAUAAUAACCAAUAUGAAUGCAUAGUUUUUAACCUAUUAUUAGAUAUGUGACUAGUCUAGGUCUUGUAGAGUGAUCAUAUCAUUACCCAUACGAUUUCAUACUUUUAAACCAGCUCUUAGAUAUAUGAUUUGUCAAGUUUUUCAACAGUGAUCACACCAUGACUAUCCAUUUGAGUGCAUAAUUUUUAAAUCUGUUCUAACAUAAAUUAAUUCCUUAUAGCUACUUUAUCUUUUUUACAGUAAUACAUCAAUUAUUCAACAUACGAGUUCAUGGUUAUAAACCUUGUUCUUGGACGAUUUGUAUUAGAUGAGUAUAGUUGUAUCAUACCUUUGGGGACUGUUGCUUCAUUUUCAUCAAAUGCCAUUGUAUUUAUCUUGUCGUUGUCGUAUCAAGGUAUAUAAUGAUUCAAUUCUGUGUUUUUGUUCCUGUAAUGUUUUCAAGUUAUUGCGGUCUCUGAAUAGUGCUAUACUUUUAAUUGGGCAAAGUUUGCUAGUUAGAUACAUGGAUCUUGAAUACUAGUUUACCCCAAUUUUCAAGGUAACAUACAUUUUCAUUGUCUGUUUUGAUGGAGUAUCCAAAACAUCUUUUCAUCAACACAUAUUGAUAUAUGAAAUUCUAUGGCAACUAUUAAAUUGUGUUUUUCUUGUGCAUAUAGUGUUUAAAAAAUUAAAACAUAUACCAAAGUGCAAUACAUUGCCUACAUUUAGCUGUUGUGAUUGUACUUAUAUGUUUAUGAUUAUAUUUUAAACUGUAAUAACCUGUUAUCAAGAUUCGGAACUAAACCACCAGCUCACAGUUCUGUAUAAUCAUCAACUUCAAAUUAAUACUAGUGGCCGGUUCUUUAUAAAAUCAAUUAAGUGUAAUAGCAUGUAAUUGUGUUUACGGACGAAUGUUUAACAUAUAAACUUAAAGAUGCACUCUUACUCCUAAAUAGAAUUACCACAUUUAAUAUAAUUGUUUGAAUAUACCAAAAAGGAUGAAUAAAUGUCAAAAACAAUGGUUCUUAUUAGGGAUACCGAGUUUAAUUUGAAAGAAAGUUGCAGAAAGCAAGGUUUUUCAAGCAUAUGGAAUGAUAGAUCAGGAUAAAUCUUUUAGCAUUCACCAAUUAUGUAAUAUUUUUUUGCGUUUUCAGCUAGUAUUGACAUGGUGAUAAUCUUGUUAUUAGUAAUUAAUAAUUAAUUAAUUAAUAAGUGCAUUAUGUGGUAAGUAGUUUAAGGUUUAUCACUCAAAAUAUGUGUUUUUGUUGUAUAUGUGUAUAUGUGUUGUAUUGAUUUUGAAUAAGAGCGUCAAUUUAAUAUUAAACACGUUAUGAGUGUAAUAGCAUAGUAGUUACAAAUGUUUCAUCCUUUGUAGUGAAUGUUGUUAAAUGUAAAUUAGUCACCAAAAUAUUAAAAAAAGCUGCUUUGUCUUAUCUUAUGUCAAGCUUUUAAUUUUCGCACACAUAUAAACGAA